AUGAGCAACAUUACCUCCUCUGCUGCCUGCUGGCCAACCGCCGACGAGAGCUUCGGGCCUGUUAUUCGAGACUGUCGUGGGGGAUUUGAUUUCACCAUCGCCUUCGAGCAAUAUCUGUUCUCAAUCCUCCCAGCGUCCCUCCUGAUCAUUGCCGGUCCCCUGCGGUUGAAAUAUCUCAGCAAGUCACCUUCCGUGGUCGCCGGCCAUGCCUUCAAGUUCGCAAAGCUCGCCGCCGUUGGCCUCUUCGCGGCCCUGCAGCUCUCGCUCUUAGCCGUGUGGGCAACGCAGCCUGAGGCCCUUGGCCGCGUCAAGACCGUCUCGGUAGCCGCGUCGUGCGUGUCUUUCGUUGCCAGCCUGAUAUUCUGUGCACUUACGUACGCCGAGCAUGCGAGGUCGCUGAGGCCCUCGUCAAUUCUCAAUGCCUAUUUGUUGAUAUCGCUGCUGCUGGAUGGCGCGAUACUGCGGACGUUCUGGCUGUCAGAUCUCGCCACCUCUGUCCGUGCCGUGUUUACUGCGUCCUUUGCUCUUAAGGCAUGCCUCUUGGUACUCGAGGCCAAAGAAAAGGCUGGGCUCAUCAUCGGGAAUGACAGGCAGAGCAACCCUGAGGUCACCAGCGGUUUAUACAGCCGCGGUUUAUUCAGCUGGCUGAAUCCCUUGUUGCUCGAUGGUUUCCGUCGCCUAUUGAAGCCAGCUGAUCUUUACGCUCUUGAUAAGUCGAUGAAGGCUGCUGUUCUGAAUGACAGGUUUUGGGUCACGUGGAACAAAGUCAAGCCGAACAGCAACAAUAGGCUCCUCGUAUCAUGUAUCAGGACCCUGAAGUGGCCGCUCAUGGGCGCCAUAUUCCCGCGUCUGCUCGAGCUUGCCUUCACUAUCUGCCAGCCGCUUGUGCUCAAUCAAUUCCUGACCUUCCUCGAGGACCCCACCGAAAGCAUCAACCACGGCUACGGUCUGAUCGGGGCAUAUGGACUGGUCUACCUGGGAAUAGCUCUUUCCAGCGCCUUCUUUUCUCAUCAGGCUACACGGACGCUCACGAUGUUGCGCGGUAUCCUGGUUUCUGCUAUUUUUGCCUGCUCUACUCAGCUUAGUACCACAGCUAUCGACAACGCCGCGGCGGUGACGCUCAUGAGCACUGAUGUCGACGCCAUUAUCCGCGCAACGCGAGAAAUACUCGAGAUGUGGGCGAACAUCCUGCAGAUCGUCAUCGCAACGUACCUGCUGAGCAGACAGAUUGGUGCUGCCUUCGUUGGCCCUAUUAUCGUCAGCGCCGUAUCUUUGGUCGCGACAGUGUUAUGCGGGCCUCCUUCGAAAAAAUUCAUGAUGGCUUGGAUUACAAAAGUACAAGAACGUGUUGGCAUUACCUCUACUAUGCUGGGCCACAUGAAGAGUAUCAAGAUGUCCGGACUUGGCCAAAGGAUCGGCGACACUAUUGCCAAGCUGCGGAAGGACGAGAUCGACGCGGCAGCCCCUUUCAGGAGGAUGAACGCAGUAACUUCUGCGCUCGCCCAGGUCCCACUCCUCAUUUCUCCUGUCGUGGCAUUUGCGUUCUUCGCGAUCGGUACGGUCAAUUCGGGAGAAUCAUUGCAGGCCACGAGAAUGUUUUCUUCUCUCUCACUUAUCAUUCUUCUUGGACAACCUUUAUUCUGGAUGUUUGAGGCCGUCUUGGAUAUCAACGCCGGUGCUGGGUGUUUCAAGAGGAUCGAGAAGUUCCUCUCCACGGCUUCGAAAGCCGAUAAAAGAGCAGACGCCAUGCCAACUUCGCCUCGGAGCUAUGAGUACGGCUUGGAAGGCUCCACGACUCAGCUCAGCCCCCGUCUUCCGGAGGGUCUCGAGCUUGAGGAUUUGGUCCUAGCGCAGCAAAAUGGAGCAGAGCCUCAGGGUGUACGAGUUGAAGAUGCUUGCUUCCGUUGGUCACCAGAAGACGCUGCAGUGCUGAAAGACGUCAGACUCAUGGUCAAUCGCGAAGAACUCGCAAUCAUUGUUGGCUCUGUGGCAAGUGGUAAGACGACGCUGCUCAAAGGUCUCCUGGGUGAAGUCCCACAUGUCACUGGCAGGGUCAGCCUCCAGAGACACAGAGUUUCUUGGUGUGAUCAAAGUCCAUGGUUGACCAACGAUUCAAUCCGCAAGAACAUAGUGGGAUUCUCUGAGUACGAGGAAGACCUUUACCGACUGGUCACUCAUGCCUGCGACCUGGAAAAGGAUUUUGCGAGCCUCGAAGAUGGUGAUCUGACCGUCAUUGGGUCCAAUGGAAUCGCCCUGAGCGGUGGCCAGAAGCAAAGAGUUGCACUGGCGAGGGCUGUCUAUUCCCGCCCACAGCUGGCGCUUUUUGACGAUCCGUUCAGUGGCCUUGACAAUCACACUACACGUGUCGUGUUCAGCCGGAUCUUCGGCAAGGAUACCGGCUUAUUGCGGCAGUGGGGGACGACGGUGGUCCUCGCGACUCAGGCCGUCAAAUUGCUGCCAUUUUCUGAUCGUGUCAUCGUGUUAAGGGAUGGUAUUGUGGCCGAGCAGGGCAAGUUCGCCUCUCUGAGCAAGACCGGCGGUCAUUUGGCAUCCUUGAACGAUCAGGAUGAAUCAGCGCAUAGUAGCGAUGAUGAAGCUGAAUCAAGCGCAGCACCAAGUCAUUCAGGCCCAGUGCAGGAAGCCAUACCCAAGGUUCCCAGGCCAAGCCAGGCUCAGCCAGAAGACAAGCGCAGACAGCGAGGUGACUCCGCUGUGUACGGUUUCUUUAUAAAGACCAUCGGAAUGCCCUUUGCUAUGGGUCUUUUGGUCUCGGAGAUCGCAUGGGCGUUUUUAUCUAACUUUUCGACUGUCUGGUUGAAUUUCUGGUCUGAGGCGAAUGCCGAGCACCCCAAUCAGCGCAUCGGUUACUACCUUGGGGUCUUCACAGCACUGCAGAUUCUAGGAGUUGUCAGCUUUGGCCUUGUAGCGAUGUUUGGGAUGCUCUUCGUAGCCUCCAGGACGGGCAUGCGAUUACACCAGGUCCUGCUGGAUGCUGUGGUACGAGCCCCGCUCUCACUAUUCACUAGCACAGACAUUGGCUCGAUCACGACGAGAUUCUCCCAGGAUAUCGGGAUCAUAGACAGGUCGCUACCUCUGGCACUCUUGGUGACCAUUGCGAACCUGCUGAGCACGAUAGGUAUUGCUGCCUUGAUCGCCUCCUCCACGGGCUACAUCGCCAUAAGCUUCCCAUUCCUGGUCGCUGUCUUCGUCUACAUCCAGAGGGGCUAUCUGCGAACCUCGCGACAGCUCCGUCUCCUUGACCUGGAGCAGAAGGCCCCCGUUUACACGCAGUUUCUAGAGACACUCUCCGGCCUGCUCACGAUCCGGGCGUUCGGGUGGGCCAAAUCCGUCCUGGAACUGAACCACGAUCUGGUGGACAAGUCUCAGCAGCCGUUCUACCUCCUGCUUAUGGUGCAGCAAUGGCUCACCCUCGUGCUCAACCUCGUCACGGCGGCCUUAGCAGUGUUGAUCGUAGGCCUUGCAGUGAGGCUCCGUGAUUCCGUGUCUGUCGGCCUGACUGCCGUCUCACUCAUUCAACUGAUAAACCUCGCUGAGAACCUGAAGAUCCUCAUCCAAUUCUGGACGUCGCUCGAGACAUCCAUCGGCGCCGUGGCUAGGAUCAAGAAUUUCAGUGAAGAGACACCCGACGAGAGGCUGCCAGGCGAGAACCAGCAGCCGCCGCAGAAUUGGCCCGAGAAUGGAAAAAUCGAAAUCAGGGACCUUUCGGUCAGCUACGGCGAGGACCUCGAGCACAAGGCUCUCGACGGCGUGACCCUGACCAUCAGGGCAGGCGAGAAGAUCGGCAUCUGUGGACGCACAGGCAGCGGCAAGUCGACGCUGCUGCUCUCGCUCCUACGUCUGCUCCCCAGUACCUCGGGCACCAUCCACGUCGACGGGGCCGACCUCGCGACCCUCCCGCGUGACAAGGUCCGCUCGCGCCUCAUAGCCGUGUCCCAAGACCUCUUCUUCCUUCCCGGCACGAUUCUGCAGAACCUCGACCCGUACGGCAACGCCGGCACCAGCGCGGGCCCGCCUGUCGAGGCUGUGCUGCGGCGCGUGGGGCUUUGGGAGCCCGUUGCCGCGGCGGGCGGGCUGGGCGCCAAGUUUGACGAGGACAAGUUCAGCCACGGCCAGCGGCAGCUCUUCUCGCUGGCGAGGGCGCUCCUGCGCAGGGACAGCGGGAUCGGUGGGAAGGUGGUGCUUUUCGACGAGGCGACAAGCAGUGUCGAUGCGGAGACGGACGCGCUGGUGCAGAGGAUCGUGAGAGAGGACUUUGGUUCGCACACUGUUAUGUCGAUCGCACACCGACUGGAGACGAUUGUGGACUUUGACAGGGUCGUAGUCCUGGAGAAGGGCUGUAUUGUUGAGGAGGGCUGUCCGCGCGAUUUGCUUGCCCAGCCUGGGGCCAGUCGAUUUAGGGAGCUGUGGGAUGCUAGUCGGCGGGCUGGACGGGUGGAUUGA